AUGCGUAUCAGAUUCAUAUCUUACAAUGGCCGCCCAACAGUGACUCGGGGACAACACGCAGACUUGACCUGUGAGCUCAUAGAGACAGACGAGCUCAUCCAGAUCUCAUGGCAGAAGAGUACCAGGGGUUACCUUGCCAACUACAACUUCUUCCUCAUCCUCAUCACUCCUAGCUAUGGUCCAUCACAUGUCAAAGGGCGGGGGGACAGGGUGGGCUUCAUUGGGAACACCACAGCACUGGUGGGCUCUGUCCGACUGGGGUAUGUGUCCCUGACUGAUGAGGGCGUCUACACCCGCAUCUUCACUGUGUUCCCCAGUGGGCCAUACAAGGCAGAGAUCCACCUCAAUGUCCAAAUUGCUGUGGAGACUCUUCCCGUGGUUUCUGAGGGGAAGGAGAGCAUCUUGGCCACAUGCACAGCGGCUACCGCCAAGCCCCCCGCUGAGGUACAGUGGAGCACGGCCAGUGCAAGACAACCACUGAGUCUGACAACCUCAACCAAUACUACACUGAUCCCAGACGACACCGCCACGGUGAGGGUCCACCUGAAGGGAGACCCCUCCAGAGUCAUGCACCAACAGGAGGUUCAGUGCCUGGUGAACCACACCACUCUGAGCCAGCAGAAGGCUGUUCCCUACGAGCUAGAUGUACACUGUGAGUAUUCUGAAUGA